UUGAAGUGAAUAAUAGAAAUAGUGUUUUAAAGCACUAUAAGACUACAUUUAUGCCAAGUACCUUAGUUACCAGUAUAGCAUCAUAUCUACUCACUCAACAUCAGAUUUUUAAAGAUCAAAUAUUAAUGGCACCUGUGGUAUCUUCUCCUAUUAAAGGUUUUAGUACUUCAAAAUUAUUAAUGAUUAAUACUAUAUUCAAAAAAUAUACAGAAAAUAUUCACCCUCUUUCUGAACCAAAACAAAACU